AUGUAUUUCUCGCGUUUGUCUUGUGCAGCGUGCAGAAGCUGGAGACCGGCGUUUCUCCACCUGUUGUGGUUUUUCUCCCUGGGCAAAAGCGUCCUUUUGAAUGCUAGUGCUGACAGUGCUGAAUAUGACCAAGGCGCAUUUGUUCUGCUCCGGUCUCUCAAUUUACCCCAAAACACAGAAUAUGAGAUUGUAUCUCCAUAUGAGGUCAACCAACAUGGUGUUUACAUCUCUCAUGAAAUUGCCCACCACCAACGCACAAGGCGACGCAGAUCCCUCACUCCAGAUGCAGGCUCAUCUGACGCCGACAGCGGCAGUGAAACAGUCCACUUUCGGCUCAGUGGCUUGGGGCAGGACUUCCACAUGGAGCUGAGGGACGCCUCGGAAAGCCUGAUUGCACCUGGCUUCGCCAUCCAAGUCCUGGGAAAGAACAACACCAAGAGCCUGAGGGCCUACCGUCAGGAGGACCUCUGCUUUUAUCAGGGGUCACUGAGGUCAAGGGUCAACUCCUCUGUGGCACUAUCCACAUGCAUGGGGAUGUCAGGUUUGAUCCGAACGCAGGAUGCUGAAUAUUUUGUGAGACCCGUGUCACACAGUCUGGCGCAGAGGGAGAACUUCACAGCACCCUCCGGUCACCAGCCACACAUCCUCUAUAAGAGAGAAAGGGACUCCCAAACACAGCAACAUCGGGUGUUUCAGAAGAGAUCCACAGAUUUUUCUGAUCACAAGUCACACAGAUACUUCGUCACAAAGACGGGCACCACUGACAACACAGUUUUUGAAGAUCAGUACAGGGGACUGCAAAAACAGCACGACCACAGUAACAACAACACUCAUGCUGACCCAAUGAAACUUCAUGGAAACGGCCAUCAGCACAAUAACCAUCGCCACGACAGUGACUACAGACAUGGGGAGAAGCAAAAGCAACACUUCUGUGGGAGAAGGAAGAAAUACAUGCCCAAACCUCCAGAAGAGGAUAUUUUUAUCCUUCCAGACGAGUACAAGUUUAUCCCCAGGAAUAAAAGGGCAGUGCUGAUGAAGACUAAGGCCAGUCAGAGACUCAAUGUGGAGACACUUGUGGUGGUGGAUAGAAAGAUGAUGGACAACCAUGGCCAUGAGAACAUAACUACAUAUGUUCUUACUGUGCUUAACAUGGUUUCCAGUCUGUUCAAAGAUGGUACAAUAGGGGGAAAUAUCAACAUAGUGAUUGUGGGUCUCGUCCUUCUGGAUGAAGAGCAGGAUGGCUUAGUGAUUAACCACCAUGCAGACCACACACUGAACAGCUUCUGCCACUGGCAGUCCACCCUGGGAGGUAGAGAGGGCCGACACCAUGACCACGCUAUCCUCCUCACGGGACUCGACAUCUGCUCUUGGAAGAAUGAACCCUGUGAUACACUUGGCUUUGCUCCAAUUAGCGGGAUGUGCAGCAAGUACCGGAGCUGUACCAUUAAUGAGGACACUGGCCUGGGUUUGGCAUUCACCAUCGCCCAUGAAUCUGGACAUAAUUUUGGAAUGGUCCAUGAUGGUGAAGGGAACAUUUGUAAAAAGUCAGAAGGUAACAUCAUGUCUCCCACAUUAGCUGGUCACAACGGUGUCUUCUCCUGGUCUGCUUGCAGCCGUCAGUACCUCAGCCGUUUUCUCAAUUCUGCACAGGCUUUGUGCCUAUCAGAUGAACCCAGAGCAAUCACAGAGUAUCAGUACCCUGAGAAGCUGCCUGGCGAGCUGUACGAUGCAGACACACAGUGCAAGUGGCAGUUCGGAGAGAAGGCCAAACUCUGCACCCUUGAUUUUAAGAAGGAUAUCUGCAAGGCUCUGUGGUGCCACCGUGUUGGGAGGAAGUGUGAGACCAAAUUUAUGCCAGCUGCUGAAGGUUCUGCUUGCGGCCCUGAUAUGUGGUGUCGUAGAGGCCAGUGUGUGAAACAGGGUGAUGAGGGUCCAAGGCCUCAACAUGGCCACUGGUCAGAGUGGUCCUCCUGGUCUGCAUGCUCUAGAAGCUGCGAAAGUGGUGUUACCUAUCGCGAGAGGCACUGCAACAACCCAAGACCGGCAUAUGGAGGGAAGUUCUGUGAAGGUUCCUCCAGAUCAUACAAACUUUGCAAUACCGAGGACUGUCCGCGAAAUGCCAUUGACUAUAGAGCGCAACAGUGUGCUGAAUUCAACGGCAAACAGUUCAGAGGGUGGUACUACACUUGGAGACCAUACACCAGAGUGGAUGAUCAAGAUCUAUGUAAGCUUUACUGCUUUGCUGAAGGUUACGAUUUCUUUUUUGCCUUGGCCAGCAAAGUUAAGGAUGGGACACUUUGCUCACCGGACAGCUUUAAUGUCUGCAUUGAUGGGCUGUGUGAGAAAGUUGGCUGUGACCGUGUUUUAGGCUCCACAGCUGUGCCUGAUGCUUGUGGCGUGUGCAAAGGAGACAACUCCACGUGCAAGAUUUACAAAGGACAGUACACAAAGCAACAUUUUACUAACCAGUACUACGCGGUGGUAACCAUCCCAGCUGGAGCUCGGAGUAUCCGUGUGAUUGAACUGAAUGCAUCCAGUUCCUACCUGGCUGUGAGGGACACACAGAGACACUACUACCUUAAUGGCCACUGGACAGUGGACUGGCCAGGCCGACACCCCAUUGCUGGAGCAAUUUUUGAGUACAAAAGACCAUAUAACAGACCAGAGAGUCUCAUAUCAGCCGGUCCCACCAAUGAGACUCUAGUCAUAGAGGUAUUGUUGCAGGGCUGGAAUCCAGGUGUGCAUUGGGAAUAUACAAUAAAGAAAUCUGAUGAGAAGCCAAUGAAGAAUCGCAUCAAGCACAAUUAUACAUGGGCUAUCAUACGCUCCCAGUGCUCAGCCACUUGUGCUGGAGGCCAAAUGAACACCAAGUCAGCCUGCUACAAAGACUUGAAAGUGCAGGUAAACAUGUCGUACUGCAAUCCCAGAUCAAGACCAGCUACUGGAGUGAUGGCCUGCAACACCCAACCAUGUCCUCCCAGCUGGUCUGUAGGAGAGUGGGGGGUGUGCAGCAGAAGCUGUGGAGGAGGGGAGCAGAUACGGCAGGUCCAGUGUGUCCAGAGAAGGAGCCAGAUUGACGUGGACACCCUGGCUGACUCUCAUUGUGCCCAGUUGACCCCCAUAAGGAGGCAGGCCUGCAACACACAUAGCUGUCCACCGGUUUGGACCACUGGGCCGUGGUCACAGUGCUCACGUAAGUGUGGCAAUGGUUUGAAGAAGAGGACCGUGCUGUGUGUGAGCUCUAACCCAGGCGCCCAAGCACACACGCUGCCCGACAGCAAGUGUGCAGGCCUGCCAAGACCUGCUGGUCAGGAUUCCUGCUUCAUCAAACGCUGCCAGAAACAACGCAAGGUCCAGUGGUUUGUCUCCACAUGGCAAGAGUGUUCAGUAACAUGUGGCCGUGGCUAUCAGGCACGCUUCAUCAAGUGUGCAGAGAAGGACACUGCAGGAAAAUACAGAGAGCUUGCUGCCAAGAAGUGCCACCAUGUUCCCAAACCCACAGUAGAGCUUCAGAAGCCCUGCAUCCUGGCUGAGUGUCCUGCCCGCACAACCCCAUCAGUUCACCAAUGGAAGAUGCAUCACCAGAACUAUCCAGCCCACCCUCCACCUCAGCCAGAAUGGCACUUGUCUCCUUGGUCUCAGUGCACGGUGACAUGUGGAGGAGGAGUGCGGGCCAGGACAGUCCAGUGUCUGGCCCAAGGGAAGCCCUCCCCUGGCUGUGCUCUCCAUAUAAAACCUGCAGUGUCCCAGGCCUGCAAUACCAACUUCUGUCCACAACCUGAGAAGAAGGAGCUUGCAUGUCGGGAUUACUUCAGCUGGUGUUACCUGGUGCCCCAACAUGGAGUCUGCAACCACAAGUUCUAUGGCAAGCAGUGCUGCCAGUCCUGUUCAAAUUCAAACCUUUAAUCCUAACCUUUAAUCAGUCCGCUGUAUAGAUAGGUAGUUACUCAAAAGACUGCAAAAUGUGUUUGUGGUUUUAAGCAUGUGGCGAGCACUGAAAUACAAAGUCCUUUCUAUGGAAGCGCCCUUCAUUCUCUCUGCGAUGCCGGACAUCUGGAUACAAGAGCUUGAUGCUGACAGCACUACACAGGAAUGUGAUCGGGAAAACAAAAAUAAAGACAAGAAUUAUGUGGAGGAACUAACAAAACAGGAACCUUGAUUAAAGCAAAUAGGAUGGACAUGUCUAAAAGAAACUGAAAAAUCCCAGCUUUGUUUAUAUACUGUAGCUGAACAGAUCUGUACUCAGGAGCAUCUCUCAGUCAACCAAAAGCCAAUGAUGGCAAACCAACAAAGAAUGACUGUUUUGAGAACUGCCACGCAACAUGUGAUAUGCUCUAGUCUGCGCUGCAGAUCCUGAUCAAUUGAAAAUCCUGGGUUUCUUAAUGAAAAGGGAUGUUUCAAAGAGACAAUUAGGUAAAUACAUUUUACCCUGAGCUCAGUUUUUAAAAAAGAAAAAUGACAGGCUAAUCAAAGUGAACUUCUUCAAUAGCUGGGCAGUUGCCACAUAAGCUGUCAUGUAAAAAAUUUUAAAAAGAAAGGAAACAAAUCAAUUGCAUCAUCUGUGAGAUAAAUUUUCCAUGAUGGAAUAAGCCCGUGUGGAGCGGCUUUCCUUCCCAGCGGUGCUACAACUUUGUCACAUUGGUUUCAUGAAAUCAAUGUGAAACGUUCAACUUUCAGGAAAUAACAGAUGAAUUGUGUGACCCAUGUACAGUAUUAUUUGUUUUAUUUAUUGGCUUUACAUGCAGUGUUUCUGGAAAACUGUAUGAUUAAGCAUUAUAAAUGUGUCCUUGUAUUGCUCUAUUCUACCUAUUACCCUAAUAUGUUUUAUUACUUUUCAUUACAUGCUGUCAAACUGCACCUUUUGAUGCAAACCCUUUAUUGUUUUUAAAAAAGAAAGCAGCUGUCAAGUGAAAUCACUAACAAGCCAUAUGAGUGUGCUAUUUAAUGUGUCCUAUAUUAUUAUAUAUGACAGUGGCAUGUACUCCAUGCAUUUAUAUGGCACUACAAUGCAUUACAUAUCAAUUACAUUUCAAAAGCACUGAUGGAUGAUAGGUAAUACUAUUGCAAUAUGAUUUUUUUUUUUUACAGUGCAAAUGAAAUAACAUUGAAAAAUGUGUGUAACGACGAACAUGAUGCCUACAGCGUGAGCCCUGAUUUCAUUGUUUUUAGCUUUAAGUCUGACUGAAUAUCUUUUAUAAACUUGAAACUCUAAAAGGACUCUUAGAGAAAAGUAGAAAAACAAAUAUUCAGGACAGAAACUUGAUCUCUUGCUUUGGCUGCAGUCUUCAACUGGGCAUGGUGCUGUCAUCAUUGGAUUGCAGCAUAUCAUUGACAUCACCAUCAUCAAUGUUACACUUCACGAUAGCAGGGGCUAGCCUGUUCUUCUGCAUUUCCAGC